AUGAGGAGAUGUGGAUCAAGAGAUAAAGAAAUUAAAGAAAAAUUAGAUUCUCAUGAACUGAUUAUGAUUAUGCAAUCAAAUGGUUUUCUAAAAUUACUUAAUAAAAACCAGGAUAUUAAGAUUUUUUAUUAAAGGGAUUAGAUCAAUGUUUUAGUUUUGAAAGUUUUAAAAUGUAUUUUACUUAAAAACCUGUAUUUGUUUAAAAACUAUACAAUUUUUAUGUGA